GUUCCACCUUACUACAUGUUUGCGUGGAAGGUGAAUGGUGUCCCGACAGUCUCACCCUUGGGUUCGGACUUGUCAAGCUUGUCAUGGAAGGUUAAUCACGCAAGUGAUAAUGGCUCUGGUUCUAGCUGUUUACCUCCUACGCCAUCCACGACUAUCACUAUAUCUCCAAAUGUAUCCACGUCGGAUUCCGUGGACACAUGUGAACCUCUAGGUCUAAGCAUGACAGGAGGUAAAAAGCCGUACACCGUUUCCAUUGCAGGAAUGAAUACUGUACUGGUUUCGAAUGUGACGCUCAAUGAUGGCGAUGACGUUCUGACGUGGCCUAAUCGAGUCAAUCCAAAUAAUCAGUUCAUUGGUAUGCCACCUGGCAUGUGCAUUUAUUCGAAUUAA